GUAAGAAAAUUUCUAGUAGUUAUUACAAUGAUUUUAAAGUGUUUUGUUGUCACACUAUUAGUCUCGAUAGCAUGGGCACGUACCGCAUCGACCAAUUUGAACGAUAUACCACAUGAAGCUAGAUCUGAAGCAUCUACCAGUUCGCACUUCGGCGACUUACACUACGCUUAUAAAGUGUAUCGAGAAUGUGCAGCGUCCGAGUUAUCACCGUGUCUUAAGUUAAAGUUAAUUUCUGCAAUGGAUCGUGCGUUACGAGCGUUUAAUGAUGUAUCUGUCAUGGAGGGUGUUACUUUUGUGAAGGACAGUAAGGCACCGGAACCGGCGGCGCCAAAAACUGUUGCCGAAAUCGAAGCUAGCCUUCCUCGCGAAUUAAAUCGCGACGAUGCGCUCAAUCAGCUUAUCGUGGAGAGAUUCGUGAACUUCUUCGAUACUCAUUCACUUCAGAUUAAAUUGCCCAGCGCUAGUGACAUUAAACGGUCGCUAAGUGAUGAAGGGCGAAAGAAGAAGAAUAGAAUGGGUGGAUUGCUUUUACUUCCAUUAAUCUUGGUAGGAACGCUUGUACCGAUAGCGUUGGGCGGCUUGGCGCUUUUAGCAGGAAAGGCGUUAAUUGUGGCAAAGAUUGCUCUGGUAUUAGCUGGAGUAUUGGGUUUAAAGAAACUAUUCGGAGGACAUGGAGGCGGAUCAGACUCUGGCCACGAAGUCGUUGUCGCCGGUUCUGGGGGCGCGGGUGGUUCAACCUGGGCGCGAUCCUACGACAAAGAGCAAGCACAGAAAAUUGCCUACAGCGCGUAUGCACCUCAUUCCUCCCGGUGAAAUGUUCUCAUUACUUGCAAAGUUAUUUAUUGAAUAAUUUAUUCUAUUUUGUAUGUACCUAAUGUAAGUAAGCUUGAAAUGUACAUUUCGCGGAAUUUGUUAAGUAACUCGGCAUAUUUUGUCGUACGGCAUAAAUUUCAUCUCAAAGAACUUAAAAGUACAGUUCAAACGGUUUUUAUUGCUUUACUUUUUUACAUCUACAACGACACUACCAAUUAAGGCAUAAAAAUAAAUUUUAGCGUCCCAAUUUGUGAGAGCUUAUGCUUAGUUUAAAUAUUAAGGGAAACAGACAAUUUAUUGCGUAACGGAACAAGAACGAUAAUAGCUGUAUGUGCAAGAAACUGUUUGGUCACUCGUGGUAGUUACAAACAUAUUCAAACACUGUUUAAUGACCACCACACCGGAUGUCGAUUUAUAUUAUUUAGUUCAAAAACAGCUGGUUUUUGGGAUCACUUCCUGUUUCUGAUUUGGUAGAUAUCAAACUUGAUUUACAAAUAUGGCUUUACUGGCUAUGUUGGUGUCAUGUGGUUAAAAAUGCAUGACUGCAACAAUGCAACAGUGGUAUACCUAAUAAUGAGUUAGGCUACAAGAUUAUACGGCAUGCAAAUUUAGGUUUAUAAUUUUUUUUCCUACAUUUAAAAUAAAAGUAUUACGUACCCCUA